AUGCACAAAUUCAUCAUUCGUAAAAAUUUCAAUUCCACUCUCACCAACCACACCACAAAUACUGGAGGUGGUAUUUUCUUACAUCAUCUUUCCGAUCUACAUAUAUGGCAACCAGAAAAAUUUCAUCAACCGAUUACUGUGUAUUCUCUCUUUCGGAACAGCUCUUUCCAAGAUUGGAAACAAAUUCAAGGCUAUCUAAAUAUAAAACAUAAUCGAGGACCAAAUUUGUAUCAAUAUUCAUGUUUGAAAAAAGCUUUACAAGAAAUUGGUGUACGAUGUAAGAAUGAUGAAUAUUCUCAUUUAGUGAUUACAGGAGAUGUAACGAAUAUUUCUCAUCCGGAAGAGUUUGAACUGGCAAGAAACAUGUUGAAUGAAUAUUUUGUGGAAACUAUUAGAAAUGGAGAAGAAUUUAAUGAGAAUUUGUUGUAUGAAUAUUGUAGUAUCAUUCCAGGAAAUCAUGAUGCCUAUACUCCAUCAAGUGUCACAAAUAACUAUUUUGGUCACUAUUUUGGAAAUACUUUAGGUCUCUACAAUGCCAUGUUGACCUCUGACCCACAACAAGAUCCUCUUUCAGCAUUUUCCCAGAAUGCACAUCAUUCAAAUUUCUUUCUUGAUCAACGAGGAAAAAAUCAACAUUUAAACUCUCUCAAAAAUUCCAUUUUCGAAUCUUUAUCCAUGAAUGACCUCUUUCCAAAUGUGAAAAUUUUAUCCAAUGCACAAGAUGGAACUCAUGUAUUAAUUCUCUCACUUUCUUCGAGUGUUCCACAAAAACCAUUUGUUGCUGGAGGAGUGGUUGAACAAACACAAUUGGAACAAGCCAGCAAGCUCAUGAAGGAAAUUGAAACGACCUUUCGACAUGAAUAUUUGAAAGAAAAUAAUGAUAAAGAAGUCUCUUCUAAUGCAUCUUCCCUUUUCAAAGUGGUCUUGAUGCAUCAUCCUCCUGUAGAGAGGGCAAAAGAUUCAUUUCGAGAAUAUUUGAAUGGCCUUGAAAAGAAAUCGAAACAAAGAAUUGUGGAAUUUUGUGAUUCCGAAAAGAUUGACUUGUUGUUGCAUGGUCACACACACGUACCUUAUUUGGGAAGAAUUGGGAUCUCGAAUCAUGAGACACUCGUAAUCGACAAUGGAAGUACAACGUAUGUGAAUGAGGAAAAACCAUACAAAAUGGCUCGAUACCAUUCGUAUCAUAUUAAGGGAAAGAAUUUGGUUGGAAUUGAACAACAUGUUUGGAAUACUGCAACACAAGUUUUUGAAAGAAAAGAAUUGGUGUUGGAUAAGGUAUAA